UUCCUCCGCGCAGUCGCGAAGUAAACUGUGCUGUACUUCCUUUUCCGGUUCACAUUUCACAAGAAAAAUGGCCGAUGUAGAAGCCAUAAAGAAGAAGAGAACUUUCAGAAAGUAUGCCUACAGAGGUGUUGACCUCGACCAGCUGCUUGAUAUGACCAGUGAGCAAUUGACAGAAUUAUUCACAUGCCGCAUUAGACGUCGCUUCCAGCGUGGAUUGAAGAGAAAACCUCUGGCCCUCAUCAAGAGACUGAGGAAAGCAAAAAAGGAGGCACCACCAUUGGAGAAACCAGAGGUUGUCAAGACACAUUUGAGAAACAUGGUGAUCGUUCCAGAGAUGAUUGGCAGCAUUGUAGGUGUCUACAAUGGAAAAACUUUCAACCAGGUGGAAAUCAAGCCUGAGAUGAUUGGCCACUAUUUGGGAGAGUUCAGUAUCACAUACAAACCUGUCAAGCACGGUCGACCCGGUAUUGGUGCCACCCACUCGUCAAGAUUUAUUCCACUGAAAUAAACUGUCAUUGCCCGAGUGUGUAAAUAAAGAGAAAAAACAACA